AGGAAAUGAUCAAGGCCGGUCUGGAGGUUGGAUCCACUACACCCUACGGUUAGCGUGCAUUCACCUGAUUUAUUUACGUACACCCACCUCUACGCACCAUGGGUGCCCACCUUUGACCUGACCUCACUUGCUGAGCAGUCAGCAUGAACUCCUGACCCCCCCCCCCCCUUUCUUUAAGGCUGGUCUGUAGGUCAACGCUGUCAAUGCUGAAGGAUGAAGGCUUCCAGAAAAAGGCAUGGUCUCUAUUUGAGAAGAGCUUCACUGUUGAGGCUUCAGUUCAGUAUGUUAACACCAAGGUAUUUGUGCUUCUCCAUCACCUCCACCGUGUUUCCUACGAUAAGAGGGAGGCUCAACGUGUUCUUCUUUUGAUCAGAUUGGUGAUUCUACAGUAUGUCACAAAGUGGUGCUCUGUACUUAUUAUAUCUCUGAUACAAGAAAUUACUGUGCAAAUCUGAAUUUGUCUGCAGCUGACAAAACUCAGAGUUGCAUUAAAAGUCUGAAGUUCAUAUAUUCAUUCCUGGCAGCAUUAAACCUUUUUCUAAUAUGUAUUUACAGAAAAACAACUUUGUAAACUUUAGCAACCUCAUUGAAAAAUUUUAGUCAAGAUAGAAAAAAAUGAUUUUUAUAUCAACUCUGACGGAACACACAAAAGAGAAAGAUUAACACUAGAAAUGUGUUUGUUCUUUUGUGCUUUCAGUACUUUGUGCUUGUUUUAUACCAAAAGAAAUAAGAAACAUUCCUGAAACAUUUCUUUUUUUUUUUUGUUUUGGCUUGGGGUAUUUUCCAUUAUUUUAUUUAUUUAUUUUUUUUUUAAAGAAAAAAUGGGUCUGGGUCUUAUAGUCAAACAUUUGUAAUUUUUGUCAAGUUUUCUUUUUAUGCACUGUAUUAAAACUCAGAUAAAAUCCAAUUGAGCUAUGACAAAAAAAACUGAAAUACUUCCCUAUAUAUUCGUUACUUUUUCUUCUAUUCUCAGUUUAUUUUUUGAUACAAAACAUUUUUGUCAAUCAAAUUAAUGAGAUUAAUCUAAGAUUAGGGGCUUUAAACAUUUUUAAAUACAAUAAAUAAUAAAAAAAAAUCCGAUCCUUGUGAAAGUAUUGCAUAUUAGUAUUUUUUAUUAAUUGAAACAGAAUUUCUGGCUUUUUCCAAUUGCCUCUGUGAAAUCGGACAUUACUCCACAAUACACCAGCAGGUGGUGCUGUUGUAUCGGUUCUCUCUACUCGGUUUAAAAGGAACGACAGAAAUUUGGUAUUUUAGAGGAAUUUCAAGAAACAAAAAAAUACCGCAGUAUCACUUUGAUAAUAUUUAGCAAAUGGAAAAUUAAAAUUGAUACAAGCAAAAGAAAAAAACUCUGGAUAAAAAUUUCAAUUAAAUUAUUUUAGCAUUAGUAUUUUUAUAUUAGUUAAAAUAAUCUAAGAUAAAAAAAAACAAAGGGUUUUAAAGAAAACGAUACAUUUUAAUAAACAAAAGGAAGAAAAAAUAGUUUUACCAAUCCCGUGACAUCAGUGGAAGAUACCAUUAUGAAGAAGUCAUGGGGGUGAAACAACACACAGCAUUGCAUUUCCUCCUUGGCCACAUCAGCCAUUCACCGUACAGCCAAUACUAUCAACUAACGUUUCUCGACCUGUUUUUUCUCACGUGCUCUACUGACAUUAAUUUAGCGAUUAUCGUGUGAACAAAACCCAGGAGUUCAACGGGAACCCCCAUGUUCUCGACCGUCUCAACGUAACCAAGCCGCGUGCUGUGUUUGGGUUGUGUGACAGAUGAGCGUCAUCGACUUGUCUCUGGACGAGCUGUCACCUCAAGAGGAUGAACAACCAGCGAUGUAGCUCUUUAUUUCUGAAAAUACGAGGCCAGAGGAGGAUUAUACGAUGUAUUUAUGUGGUGGGCUUCAUGGACUUGUUUGGGGUGAGCAUGAUCAUCCCACUGCUGAGUCAUCAUGUGAAGGCCCUCGGAGCGAGCCCCACGGUGGCUGGCAUCGUGGGGUCCACAUAUGGAGUCUUGCAGUUCUUUUCGAGCACAGUUGUUGGCAGCUGGAGCGACGUGGUGGGGCGGCGGUACUCCCUGCUGACCUGUCUGCUGCUGAGCGCUCUGGGCUACGGCCUUCUCGGGAUGUCCACAAGCAUUGCUUUAUUCGUCCUCGCGCGGAUACCUGUGGGGCUGUUCAAGCACUCGCUCUCCAUCUGCAGAGCUCUGCUGUCUGACCUGGUGUCAGAGUCAGAGCGCCCUCUGGUGAUGGGACACUUUAAUGCAGCCUCCAGCGUUGGCUUCAUCCUGGGUCCCGUGGUGGGGGGGUAUCUUACCGAGCAUGAAGGAGGGUUUUACACGUCCUCUUUUACCUGUGCAGCUAUCUUUCUCAUAAAUGCUGGUUUGGUUUGGAUGCUUCCAUGGAGCGAGACUUUAGUUGACCGGAAUGGAACUAACCUCAGCAAUAGCAGUUCGGAAAGUUGUCAUGACAACCACUGCAGAAGGUCCGUCCUCAAUGGCAAUCAUGCAAAAAAACACCCGCCAGUGUUAUCAGGGGAGUACGAGGUAUCUUCCAGAGCAUCGGGGUGGGACUCCGACAGGUGGAGGGGGCUGUCCCUGCUGCAGCCUGCCUGGAGACAAGUGUCCUCGGUGGGCUCAAAGAUCCACAUGGUGGCGUCCUCUGACAUGUGGGACGUCUUCCUUGUCCGUCUCCUGAUGGCCAUAGCCAUCAUGCUGUACUACAGUAACUUCUCUCUAGCCUUGGAGGAACGCUUCUCGCUGAAGCCAAAGGUGACCGGGUAUCUAAUCAGCUACAGCAGCACGUUAGGCGCCCUGGCGGGGUUUCUGGUGGGGCCAGUCACUCAACUGUAUAAGAAUAACAUGCCUGCGCUGCUGCUUCACUCCACCGUGCUCACCUGCUCCCUCAUCUUCCUGUAUGCCGCUGCGCCCAGCGUUUGGCAGGUACUGCUCACCUCCACUUUCUUCGCCAUCUCCACCACCAUCGGGCGCACCUGCAUCACCGACCUGGAGCUGCAGAGGGGGGGCGUCCAGGCGAGCGGGACUCUGAUCGGAGCGGGGCAGUCCGUCACCGCCGUGGGGCGAGUCCUGGCCCCUCUGCUCUCUGGUCUGGCUCAGGAGUUUAGCCCUUGUGGCCCCCCAAGUUUGGGAGUGGUGCUGGCUCUGGCGGCGGUCGGUUUGCUGCUCAACAGAAUCCCCAGAUGGGACAGAAGAAGGGUGACGAGAACGACCAAACUCUGAUGACCGCAGCCGAACUGAUAUGAAGGAAGUGCUCUUAUUUACAGCAGGCAGCUGUGAAGAUCUGCAGACUCACGGGAGAAGCAGGGUUUUCUGAAACAUGGCUACCUCCACCGAGUGAAUCUGUCGAUGAAAAGGGUUCAUCACUAAAGGCACUGCAGACCCUCUUCCCUCAGCGCGGCAGGAUCAGGCCUGUGGAGCGACACAAUAUGCAAAAGGUGAACCAGACACUACCAGCUUUGUCUUUGCACAUCAGUUUAGCAACAGAGACAAUGUAAACUUUGUUUGAAAAUGUUUUUUUGUAACCACUACAUACUGCAAAUUCCAUGAAAUCACAGUCGUGCACUAAAACUGGAGAACUGCUGAUUUAAUAAAAAACAAUAAGAUGCAGAUGUACUGCCAAAAAUUCCAGAAGUAAAAAGAAUGAAACAUUGAAAAAACGUGGAUGGCCUUAUUACUGCUGUACUGUUUUGUCCUAGUUUUUUUUUUUUUUUUUUUUUUCUUUAGUACCACUUUUUCACUGCUUUGUGCGUGAUAGAUGUUUCUGGGGUUAUUUAAAGUUGUACAGAAGCAGCAGGAGUAAGUUAUGUGGAGGAUCUUUUUCUGGGUUUGGUCUAAAGCACCUUUUAAUAACUUUUAUGGAACUUCCAAAAAAUGUUUUUUUAAAGUUUUUUCAGUGGAGCAUUUUUUUUUUUCAGUCACAGAUUCUUCAAGUUGUCCCAAUUAAAAAGAUGAAAGGUCUGUGAUGAUCAGCAUAGAUACAAUUCAACUUUAAGAGACAGAAUGUAAGAAAAUGAUCUCGAAAAUUUUAAAUUUAUUUUUAAACUGUGUAGAAAUUAAGUCAACGGCAAAAGUUGAUUUCAGUACGUUAUAAUGUAACCCCAUGGUUGCCAGUGACAGGUCAAAGGUUUCCUGUGGGUCUUUAGCUGGUUUUCACACAACAUAGUUGUUUUUUUGGUCCAUUCCUCCAUGCAGAUCUUCUCAAGAGCUGUAAUGUUUUGUGUCUGUUGCUGGGCAACACGUACUUUUAACUCCCUCCACAGAUUCUCUGUUGGACUGACGUCCAAAGACUGACUAGAACAUUCCAGAACCUUAAAGUGUUUUUUAACGUACCCACUCUUGUUGACCGGCGAUGUGUUUGAGCUCAACCAGUUUAAACAGGUGACGUUAAUACAGGUAACAAGUAGAGGAUGGAAGAUCUUAAAGAAGUUACAGGUCUGAGGGACCAAAUUUGUGUAUGUUUGUUGGAGAUAAAUACAAAUUUUUCUGCACACUUAAAGGGUAACACAGCAGGACAGUUGGAGGCUGGAUCCACUCGCACCUCAGAUUUGAAAACUGCCAAAAAAAAAGGGGGGGGGGGUGGAUCUGUGAUUGACAGUGAGGUUAGCUUGAGGAAACGUAGUCACUCUAAGUCUUCGAUAUGGAAAGUGGUGCAAAGCAAAGGGAUACUAGACCGAAGGAGACCAGUGUCUGAGUGGUAAAAUGAUGCUAGCUUCAUAAGCUAAUAAAAGCUAACGUCUUGAGCAAACAUUCCCGAAUGAAACAUUCUUUGCAAAUCCAUCACCAGGACCGAGUUCAUUGGAUUCAAUGCCAUUUGCAGUCAGCCUCUGACCACUGGAAAGUUGUGCAAGCCAGUAGAUUUUUGACAACCGAAGGCAAAACACCUACGAGCUACGCUAAAGCUAACAAAACCAUUACAGAAUCAAAAAUGGGUGGGGCUUUUAUACUGGAGCUUCAGAGCGUGAUAACAUAAAACCUCCAAAAUGACGUGGGACUCACACCAGUUGACCAAUCACAAAAUGAUACUGUAAUACCUCGUUUUGAUCUGUAGGGUGCAGCACACAGACUGUAAUUUAAAAGUUUAUUUUAAAUUGUCAAAAAAAGCAUGACCUUACCUAACAGACCUCAUCUUUUUAGGUGGAACAACUUGCAGAAUCAGUGAUUAACAAAAAUUUUUGUAUGUUAGAAAGUUCAUCCAUGUCUGUAUUUGCUUCAUCCAGGGGAAACUGUCUUUUUUUGGCCUGUUUUGUCUUUAUUUUGGAAGCUCUAUUUAUUGAUGCCAGCAAAAAAAAAAAAAUUGAAAAGUUUUUUUCUUUCAAGCCCACAGCAUAAUAAAACCACUACCGUGCUUAACGGGUGAUAAGUGUUACUACUCUU